UCUUACUUGAGUCAUUGGAGUGUGACCAGUAACAAGGUUGUACUAGAUCACAGUCAUUUCUAUUUUCAUUUUAUAAAUUGUGUGCAACAUAAAUUUAUGGAUAUAGAUUGAUCAGAAACUUUGAUAAAAGUUGGCAUAUCAAUAACUGCAACAGGUGUUGGUGAAGUUAUACUUUGUGAUAAAACUUUUUACCUGAGUUUUAAUGCAAAUUUACCUUUUGGAUGUGAUUCACACUAUAGGACUAUAUAUAUUGUCUGUCUAGAGGGAAAAACUACUUCUUUUCGAUUAAUUGAAUAUAUUUUGAAGCCUUGAUGUCAACUUGACUUGAAGAAUUAGUCAGGAAGAACAUUAUAAGUGAAGACAAGUGAAAUUUUUAAUUUUGAUGCGACUAUGAAUACUAUUGAUAUUUAAAUUAGGUGAUGUCUUUUUUGAAUUCGGCGUCAGUUUAAAUUCAUUUAACAAAUAUUAUUUUAUGUGGCUCAUUUAGUGCGUUUAAGGAUUUUAGAAAGAGCAUUUAGUGACAUUAUCAUUCAAUAUGGUAAAGGAUAGGUUACAAGAGAUGCAGGAAAAGAGGGAAGAAUAUGAAAAACAGAGUAAAAAGAAAAAGAAAAAGGAGAAGAGUGAGGACAAUGGAGAUAUGAAUGUGUUUAUAGACAAAGUUAACAUGGUGGAAAACCAGUUAGAAGAACUCAAAAAAGAUGUUGCUCAAAUUAAAAAGACUCAAAGUAAUUUAUACUGUUCUCCGUUCGUUACUACUGCUAAUUUACAGGAUAUGGAAAGUAAGGCAGAUUCAAUUAUAUCUAGUUCUAGUAAAAUACGAAAAGACAUUGAACUUAUAGCUGCAGAAAACUUUCCAAAAUCACAAAAAGAUUCUUUACUUAAUACAAGUACUCAAGAACGUGUUCAUACCUCACAGGUUGAAAGACUGCAAUAUGAAUUGAGAGAAGCAAUGAACGAUUUUAGAACAAGUCAAGCUGAUUAUGUAGAGAAAACUAGAGCAAGGUUCCGGAGACAAAUGGAAAUUGUCAAAGACAGUGGUGAAAUAAAUGGAAAUGAGCAAGGUGAUAAUUUUCAAAACCAAGCCCUGUUUACAGGGAAUAUUAUAUUAGAAAUGCAACAAGCAAAGGGAGAAUUGCAGAUGAUUGAUGAACGAGAGCAAGAACUACAACAUUUAGAAAGUCAAAUUCAUGAAGUUAAUAAACUAUUUAAGGAAAUGCAUGUGUUAGUAGAGGAACAGGGUGAAAUGGUUGAUAAUAUCGAAAAGAAUAUAGAACAGGCUGUUGAUGAUGUUGAAAAAGGGAAAGGACAAUUAACUGAGGCUGAAAAAAAUCAAAAGAAAGCACGAAAAAAGAAAAUUUGUUGUGUUUCUAUUGUAGCAGUUAUUUUAAUUAUUGUUAUUAUAAUAGUGGUUAUAAUGAUUAUGCAGAAUACAGAAUAAAAGGAGAUCGGAAAAAAUUAUUUGAAGUGCUUGGUGUGUGAAUUUGCUUAAUGUGUAAAUGUGAGAAAGCUUCAGAACAUUGCAGAUAUACUAUUGAACUAAUGUUCAAAUUCUGGUUUUUAUAUUGUUUAAUGAGGGUCAUAUAGAAUGUGCCAAUACUCAUCAAGUGUUAAAACUCAAGGCAUUAUUUCAUAUCAUGCUUGUGCAACUCAUUAAAUUUUAAACCUUUAACAA